CCCGCACCGCCAUCUUUGGUGGGGGAGCUGGGCGCCUUCCCGCCUCGGCCCGCGCGGGCCGCUGGGAGCCGCGGCCUCGCCUGCCAUUUUGAAGUCGGGAAGCGCGCGGGAUGGCGUGGAGGGUGCGCCCCGGAAGGGGAAGUGCUGUGCUGUGUCGUGGAGGUGGCGUGUGGCCUCCGAGGUAGCGGUGGGGGCUGGUGGCUGUGGGGAGCCCGCAGAGCGGCGCGGCCUCCCGUCCCGUCCCGUCCCGGCGCCUCGCCUCUGCCCUGCCCUGCCCCGCCCCGCCCCGCCCCGCCGAGCGCGGGGUGGCCGCGGUGCCCGGCACUUCCCCCGCCUUCCCCCGGUGCAGCGGGCGGUGCGGGCAGGGUCCGGCCGCCUCAGGGACUGGACAGAAAGCAGCGAAAUGGAUGAUUUCCGCUCCAUCUGCCUGCUCUCUCUGGCUAUGCUGGUUGCCUGUUAUGUGGCAGGGAUUAUCCCUCUGGCGGUUAAUUUUUCAGAGGAGAGGUUAAAGUUGGUGACUGUUCUGGGUGCUGGGCUGCUGUGUGGAACUGCCUUGGCUGUCAUUGUGCCGGAAGGAGUACAUGCACUUUAUGAAGACAUUUUGGAGGGGAAACAUCACCCAGCAAGUGAGGUGCAGCAUGCGAUGGAGUCUGAGAAGGUAGCAGAAAUCCCGGUUGUGCAUGAAUAUGGCCGUGACCAUUCCAGGUUGCAUGCCUACAUUGGUGUUUCCCUUGUCCUCGGCUUCGUCUUCAUGCUGCUGGUGGACCAGAUAGGCAGCUCUCAUGUGCACUCUACAGAUGAUCCAGAAGCUGCAAGAUCGGGCAAUUCCAAGAUCACCACCACAUUGGGAUUAGUGGUCCAUGCUGCAGCUGAUGGUGUUGCAUUGGGUGCAGCAGCUUCUACUUCCCAGACUAGUGUCCAGUUAAUAGUGUUUGUUGCAAUUAUGUUGCACAAGGCACCAGCUGCCUUUGGCCUUGUUUCCUUCCUGAUGCAUGCUGGUCUGGAACGGAAUCGAAUCAGAAAACAUUUGCUGGUCUUUGCAUUGGCAGCACCUGUUAUGUCCAUGGUGACAUACUUAGGGCUAAGCAAGAGCAGCAAAGAAGCCCUUUCAGAAGUCAAUGCCACCGGAGUUGCUAUGCUUUUUUCUGCUGGGACUUUUCUUUAUGUUGCAACAGUUCAUGUCCUUCCAGAAGUGGGAGGAAUUGCUCACAGCCACAAACCUGAAUCAACUGGAGGAAAAGGACUCAGCCGUCUGGAGGUGGCAGCCCUAGUCUUAGGAUGCCUUAUUCCUCUAGUUUUGUCCAUUGGACACCAUCACUAAAUGCUCAAAGUUCACCGUUCCCCUCGAUUUGACCUUAGCAGUAACUGUUGGCUGCUCCCUUUAUCAUUGUCUGUCUUACCAUCAUCCAUCCCAUCUACUUUUAUGGAGUUCAGAGGGAAGCUUGAUUGCAAAAAUGAGGAAUACUGGGAAAGUUUUUAGUAUAGCAAAAUGUGCUUUGGCAGCCGGACGUUAAUUCUGUGUAACUUUCUUUUUUGAAGACAUUUGCUGUUUUAAUUGUUACUUCUGGCCCUAUUCUCAGGGAGGAUGGAAUUUGGAGUUUAAGAAAGGUGAGUGGGGAAGAACUUAGUGGCUCAUCAUGAAAUUGCAAUCACCAAAGUAUCCUGUAAUUCAGCUUUCACAACUGAGGAAAAAAUACAAAGGAUGGCUGCCUUUCAGGAGGUUAAAGUCUUCUUACUAGUGAAGUAGGGGGCUCUCCCCCAUUGGUUUUAUGUUGUCCUGACAGUGUGAUUGGUUUUUGUAAUAUUUGUCACAAACGGUUUUGUAAAGGUGGCCUGCACUCUGGAAAACGCUGCUGUUGUGACAGAAGUAUCGUUGAUAGGAAAAAAUGCUCUGGACAAUGUGUAGGGUUAAUACAGGAAAUGAGAAUUCAGCUGGUUAAGGAAGUGCAAAAGAGUUUUGCAGUGUAUUUCAUUAUUUAAGACAAAGGAUAGAAGCGAGGAGAAUAUUAUUUUGAUUGUUUAUACAAUUGUUAAUAACUUUAGAAAAGGCAGAAUGUCUUGGAAGAUGAUAUUCCACCAGGUCAAUAAAGUGUAGGCACCAAAACUGUUAGCAGGAAUUAGAUAUUUAGUACUGUGAUUACACUACUGCUACGCUUGAGAAAGAAAUCCACAAUGUCUUUUGAAAUCAAGCUGUUCUGUGCUCUGAGGAGUAGAAAUCUGAUGGAAACAGCUGUUGAGGGACCAGAGAACUUUACUAGCUCAUCUUUAAAAGUUUGAACCACAGACAUCAGUGGGGUAUGUGGGUUCUUUCAUUAAAUAAAAAGUUUUAAGGCUAACAGAACUAGAUCUUUGGUUGAAUAUUUAUGCUGCAGAUAGAGUACAAAGUGCAUCUAAAGCAGUUCUAAACAAAACAAAUUCUGUUGGGUUUCCAGGGGACCCAUUAGACAUUUCAGUUUUCCUUUGGGAAUCCUACAUUCACCUCUAACUGGUGAUUGUUAGUUUUGAUGAAUCUACUUGAGGACUUAUUGCCAACUGCUGAUGCCUCUCACUGUAGAUGGAUGAUAAAACAUCCCUUCCUUUCCAAGGUGCAUCCUUCUCUUGUCAGGCAUCUUUUUCUCUCAUGCAAAAUAUAUUAUGCUCUAAUAACUGUAGUGCAUUAAAAAGUCAGGAAUGCUUGACAUGCACAGACUCAACACACAAUCCUUUCUGAAGGGGGGAAAGAAAAAAAGCUUUUUAAUUCUGUGCCCAUUUUAAGCAAUACUCUGCCUGCACUUUUUAAAGAUAAUGUUGCCAAAUAUUUUUCUGUUCUUAAUUUUUGUUGUUGCUUGAAAUGGAGCUUCAAAGCUUGAAUAGCUGGUUUCCUGAAGUGCUUAUUGUUUCCAUUUGAAUGUGUCUUUUUUUUUAAUGCCAUUUAUUGCUUAUAGUACACAGGCCAUUGUGCCUCUUAACUUUACAUUUCUGUCACUGUUCUGUUUGUCUACUAGUUCAACAAUAGGUAUUGGCCUGGCUUCUGGACUAGUGAGUGCUCUGUUUGCUUUGUAACAACAUGGAUGUACCCCAAGAUUGAACUUGGUAAUAAUCCCUAGGGUUGCUUGUUCAUUUGUUUGUUUUACUAUGCAAUGGGUGGAUUUUAAAAUCAACGCAAAAUGAUUAGAACUUAUAUUCUCCCACAAGAUAUUAUUUUCAAAUAGAAUUAGUGUAUGACAUCUAAACAAGCAUUUUUGACGCUAGCCUUCCAAAAGUAAUUCUGUUCUGAAAAGCUGCUGCAUAAAUAGUAACACAGAUAAGAGCCUCUCUUGCGCAUUAUAUUUGCUUUUACGACAUACACAUGCAACUUGUAAGUUACCUGUUAAUAAGUUGAGUGAUACAGGUUACAGAGCUCCUAGUGUUCUUCCUGAUUCCUCCUAAUUAUAUUCUUCCUUCAUAAUCUCACUAUCUUGCUCACAGAAAUUGCAAGGUCUGCUGUAGAAGCAUCUCAGUGCAGCAGCAGAUGCUUACAUCUUGUGGAACAGUUAGUUUUUAAAGAAAAGUGAGUUAUCUGCUCAACUAUACAAGGCAAGUCAUUUUUUCUUCUCUUGCUACACCUGAAACAGUUUACAUUGCAGGGUGAGUUUUUUUCUUGAAAACCAAGCCAAAGAGUAACUAUGCUUACUUAAAAAGGUUUGCAAGCCUGACAAAGGUACCUGAGUGUUGCUGAGCACCAUCUGAUCAUGAUGGUUGAUGCUGACUUGCACCAGCCUGUAGAGAAUUAAAUUUUGGUUUUCUAGAGGAACCUUGGGCUUCUCUCAUAACUGAGUCCAGUAACCUUUAAGUAGAGCACAUUUGAUCAGGAGUCUCAGCUAGAUGAUGAAAAUGCCAGUAGGGAAAGACCAUGCUCACUUCUUUUUCUUUUUUUUUCCUACCCCCCCCUCCCCCCCCUUAAGCAGAGUGAUAUUUCAAACCAUCACCCAUCCUUUGCACGUGCACCCCCCCGACGCGCCCCUAGUUAAGCUAGCAUCAGGACUCCACACUCAUUUUCUGUUUAACAAUUGUCACGGUUAGGGAGGUAUGUAGAUAAGUUCCCAUUUAAUGUGUUUUGCUCCUGUGUACCUGGAUGGUGCCUUUUUCAAUGGAUGUGUGCGCAUUGAUUGAAGAUGCAACAGCCAACCUGUUUGCUGCUGACUUAGCCUCUGGCAUGUUAAUUGUAACAGGUUACUCUGCUGAGAGGUCUUGUCACCUUUCAUUCCUCCCAUCCCUCAGAUCAUGUUUCUGGGACAGCCACCAGAAAUGCUAAUACUUGAUUUAAUGAUUUAUGAGCUUGAGAGGCCAAGUUACAACAGCAGGCAAAGGAUUUUAAAUGAAAACAUUGAUGGCUUAAAGUUGGCACAAAAAAGGCCAGUAACCUGUAAUUUUCAUUUUGGCACUCAGCUAAGUGAUAGGCUUCUGUGGAUUUUUUUUUUCCUUUCCAUUUAGAAGUAGCAAUAGUAUUUUCUAGUAUUUAGCUACAAUGAGAGUGACUAAGGAAGUUUUUGGUUAUGUGAUAAGAGAAUACAAAACUUUCAAUGACCAAACCUUUCCCAAUUGUUAGUUCCACAUGGAGGAUUGUUUUCUUCAAGCGUGGAGUUUUAAGGAGUUAAAAUAUCUCAUUUUAUCAUAUUCCCUUUUUAUCUAUUCCCCAUCUGUCACAGUAAAUCCAAGCACUGCAUGUAGUCAGGGCCAUCUGGUGUCAUUUUCUACUCCUCAGGGGACCUUGGUGCAAACAAAUUCUUCUUUCUCUCUCUGUAAUAGCCCUCGCUGCCUGUGUUUUCUACUGUGAGGUAGGUGGCAGUAGGUCUAGCAGGUAACACAUUAGCUAAGUGCCAGGCAUUUUUCUCCCUCUCUUCUGUAAAUCCCCCUAGUAGGAAAUCUGUAAUUGCCUUAGCUGGUUUUUCAGUUCCUAAUUUCUUGAUUGGCAGUAGGAAUUGGGCUAAAGCUGUGUUCCUCUUGAUUCCAGUGUGUUCAGCUACUUUACUUACUAUUCUAAUUUCCUUAUUGUUCUUUGUAUAAAAAAGGGAAAUAUUAUUUUCCAGUACCUGGUGACAGAUGCAGAAGCUGAACUGACAUUAGCUUAUGUGAGGAAGGCAGAGCUAUCACACCAAGAUAGGAAUUUUUGAUAAUUGUUCCUUGUAAUGUCAGAUGGCCAGGUGGUAAGCACAGAAACCCACUGUUGACUUCUGAAUUUCAAAGAACUGUUCCUAGGUGGAUUGUGUAAAAGGGUAAUGUUACUGAAGAGACACAGGAAAACUACCAUGUUUAUUCAGAAACUAGUUCAGAGCCUGGUGUUUGUCUUCAAGGAGCUUUUGGCAGUAGCUGAUGUGUCUGUGUGGUAUCAGCUUUGUUCAGAAUAACAGGGAGGUGCUGUGGAAUCAAUGUUGCUGCUGCUCCCUUCUCAUUCUGUGCUGCUUUGCUGCAUGGGACCUGGGAAGAAGAGGAAGAAGUAUUUUCUUCUAGGGACAGGGGCAGGUGAAGUGGUUGUGAUAUGUUGGGAAAGUUUAUGAUGAAUUUCAGAUUCCUGUUCACCUCAAACUUCUUAUUUAAAAAAAGUUUUCUUGUUUUCUCUUUAUUACAUCUCAGCAGCCUUGGCUUUCCAAGGAGAACAUUACAUGGUUAUUGCUGUUUACUUAACUCCAUGUAUGGAACUGUAAUUUUAAUAUCUUUUUUUCCAAACCAUUUGUACACAGAAUCAUUCCAUGAAUGGCUGCCUUAUAAUUUUUCCACUUUAAUUGUGAUUGGUUAAAAUAAUGUUGCAGUUUUUGAUUUGUUUUAUUAUAUUAAAUUUUUACUAGGUGCAGUG